AUGCGCCAAUUUUAUUGCCACUAUCUAUCUAUCUAUCUAUCUAUCUAUCUAUCUAUCUAUCUUUUUUAUUCUUCUAUCUAUCUAUCUAUCUAUCUAUCUAUCUAUCCAUCUCUUUUAUUCUGCUUCAUCAUCCAUCCAUCCAUCUAUUCAUUCCCCUUCCAUUCUGCUUCCAUCCAUCUAUCUAUCCAUCUAUCUAUCUAUCUAUCUAUCUAUCUAUCUCUUUUAUUCUGCUUCUAUCUAUCUAUCUAUCUAUCUAUCUAUCUAUCUAUCCAUUAUUCUGCUUCUAUCUAUCUAUCUAUCUAUCUAUCCAUCUUUUAUUCUGCUUCUAUCUAUCUAUCUAUCUAUCUCUUUCAUUCUGCUUCUAUCUAUCUAUCCAUCUAUCUAUCUAUCUAUCUAUCUCUUUCAUUCUGCUUCUAUCUAUCUAUCUAUCUAUCUAUCUAUCUAUCUAUCUAUCUAUCUCUUUCAUUCUGCUUCUAUCUAUCUAUCUAUCUAUCUAUCUAUCUAUCUAUCUAUCUAUCUAUCUAUCUAUCUCUUUUAUUCUGCUUCUAUCUAUCUAUCUAUCUAUCUAUCUAUCUAUCUAUCUAUCUAUCUCUUUUAUUCUGCUUCUAUCUAUCUAUCUAUCUAUCGUUUUACUUAUCUCUUUCUGUCUAUCUAUCGAUCUACACACAUAAUAGAGGAAUUAUCUCUCACUAUGUUCAUGGUAUAAUUAGUUUUAAUUUGCGUAUCUAUCUAUCUGUCUUUGUUUGCGCCUCUAUCCUUUUCACAUCUAUCUAUCUAUCUAUCUAUCUAUCUAUCUAUCUAUCUAUCUAUCUAUCUAUCUCUCAGUCUUUUAAUAUCUAUCUAUCUAUCUAUCUAUCUAUCUAUCUAUCUAUCUAUCUCGUUUGCGCAUUUAGGUAUCUAUUUCCCUUUCACAUCUUUCUAUCAUCGUUUGUGCAUCUAUCUAUCUAUCUAUCUAUCUAUCUAUCUAUCUAUCUAUCUAUCUAUCAGACUUUUAAUAUCUAUUCAUCUAUCUAUCUAUCUAUCUAUCUAUUUAUCUAUCUACAUAUAUAUAUAUAUUGUUUCCCCAACUAUCUAUCUAUCUAUCUAUCUAUCUAUCUGUCUAAAUGUGUUCCUAUUUAUCUGAAUCAUAUCCUAUCAUAUCUGAACGUGUGCAUCGAAGCAAAAGCGCAGCCCGGAGACACACGCCCGCUUCGAUCUGAAUUGAUUCGACCUGUUCAAGCGUCAUAUCUAUCUAUCUAUCUAUCUAUCUAUCUAUCGGAGUGUAUUUUUUCUAUAUCUAUCUAUCUAUCUAUCUAUCUAUCUAUCUAUCUAUAUAUCUAUCUGAUAUAUAUCUUCUGUUCAUUAUCUAUCUAUCUAUCUAUCUAUCUAUCUAUCUAUCUAUCUAUCUAUCUAUAUAUAUAUAUAUAUAUAUAUAUAUAUAUAUAUGCGCCUUUUAUUUUUUUUAUUUUUUUUCAUUUAUUCGUUUAUUUCUUUUUUGAUUUUUUUCCUUCAAUUUUUGGUUUAUUAAUUCCUUUAUUUUCUUUUUUACUUCGACAUCUUUUUCCUUCUUUUUCUUUUCUCUUCUUUUAUUUCUUUCUUUAA